UGCCCCACAGCGCCUCCUACAGUGCGUAUCGUGCACUCUGGCCAUGCGUGCAACGUGGAGGAGGAGGGCUACGCAGAGCGCGUGUACACCAUCCGGGAGGGCGACACGCUGGAGCUGCAGUGCCUGGUGACCGGACAUCCACACCCACAGGUGCGGUGGUCUAAGACAGCGGGCAGUGUGACUGAGCGCUCCGCUGAGUACUCUGUGUUCAACGAGACGCUGAAGAUCCGCAGUAUCCAGCGUCACCAGGGGGGGCGCUACUACUGCAAGGCCGACAACAGCCUGGGCUCCCCUGCCAUCAAGUCUAUACGCGUGGACGUCUACUUCCUGGACGACCCGCUGAUCACGGUCCACCAGAGCGUCGGCGAGGCCAAGGAGCAGUUCUACUUCGAGCGGACGGUGUUCCUGCGCUGCGUGGCGCUCUCCAACCCCCCCGUCCGGUACUCCUGGAGGCGGGGCCGCGACCUGCUGUCCCAGGGCACCGACGCGGGCGUCGACAUAUACGAACCCUUCUUCACCACGGGUGAGACUAAGAUCCUGAAGCUGAAGAACCUGCGGCCUCAGGACUACGCCAACUACACGUGUGUGUCCUCGGUCCGCAGUGUGUGUGGCAUCCCCGACAAGACGGUCCACUUCCACCUGUCUAACAGGACAGCCGCGCCCUCCAUCCGGGUGCUGGGCGAGGACCCCCUGGUGGUGAACCCGGGCGCCGCGGUGAGGCUGGCCUGCGUGACCUCGGGGGGGGAGCCCCCCCCCUCCCUGACCUGGGUGAGGGGGGGCGAGGGGGAGGAGCUCCCCCGGCACAGCGCCCUGGACCGCGGCACGCUCAGCAUCCCCUCGGUAACCGUGGACGAUGGCGGACUGUACAGCUGCCUAGCAACCAACAACGUCGGAAACCCGGCCAAGAAGUCCACCACCAUCCUAGUUAGAGGUCUGCGUAAGGCCCGGUUCUGGAUCACUCCGGACCCGUACCACAACGACGACCACAUCCAGAUCGGCCGCGAGGUCAAGAUCAGCUGCCAGGUGCAGGCCACGCCCCCGGAGGAGCUGCUCUUCUAUUGGCUGAAGAACGGCCGGCCCCUGCGCAGCUCGGAGCGCAUGGUCAUCACGCAGAGCGAGGGGGAGCUGGCCCCCGGGACCACCAACCUGGACAUCAUCGACCUCAAGUUCACCGACUUCGGGACCUACACCUGCGUGGCGUCGCUGCGCAGCGGGGGCGUGGCCGACGUCAGCAUCGACGUCAACAUCUCCUCCACCACCGUGCCCCCCGAGCUGAGCGUGCCCCCUGGGGGGUCCCACAUGGUGUCCCAGGAGGGCGACACCGUGGAGCUGCAGUGCCUGGUGUCGGGGAAACCCAAGCCCGUAAUACUCUGGUACCGUGGCAACCAGGAGGGGGCGGGGCCCGCCAUGUCGGACGGCUCCGCCCAGAUGGAGAGCUACGACGGGAUCCUGCGAAUCAGCAACGUGACGCGCGACAUGAGCGGGAACUACUGCUGCCAGACCAGCCAAUACAACGGCUUCUACGUUAAGCCCCGCCUCCAGGUCAUCCAGCUGGUAGUGCAGUUCCCGCCCUCGGUGGAGCCGGUGUACCGCGAGGUGCGGCAGGCCCUGGGCCGGGCCUUCCUGCUGAGCUGCGGCCUCCAGCAGGCCCACCCGGCCCGCCUGCUCCAGUACGAGUGGCGGCUGGGCGACCGGCUGCUCACCCAGGGCGUGCUGGGGGACCAGGACCCCCUGACCCACUACCAGGUCCGGGCCCUGAACCGCGAGGGCUACGGAGAGUACACCUGUGAGGUCACCAACGAGGCGGGCUCCGGCCGCUGCACCUUCCUGGUCACAGGGAAGGCCUACCCCCCGGAGUUCUACUACGACACCCCGGGCGCGCUGUGGCAGAGCCGCGUCCGGGUGUUCGGCUUCAGGCUGCAGUGGACCCAGAUGGAGCCGGCCGCUGUCGACCGCAUCAUGGCCUACCGCCUGGGCAUCCGGCAGGUGGGGCUGGAACGCUGGUGGGAGCAGGAGAUCGCCAUCACAGGGCUGAUCCAGAAGGGGGAGCUGCUGACCUACAACCUGACGGAGCUGGUGAAGCCUGAGGCCUACCUGGUCCGUCUCACCCCCAUCACCCGCUACGGCGAGGGUGACGCCGCCCAGCGCACCAUCACCUACAGCCCUCCAGUCAACCCUCACCUCAGAGAGUUCCACUGUGGCUUCGAGGACGACGCCCUGUGCCUGUUCUCUCAGGACAAAACGGAGCACUUUGAUUGGACGAGACACAGCGCCGCCACCAGAGACACCAAAUACACGCCCAACACCGGGCCGAGCUCCGACCACCGCGGCUCCAAACAGGGGUACUACAUGUACAUCGAGACGUCGCGUCCCCGGCUGGAGGGGGACGCGGCGCGCCUGGUCUCGCCCUCCUUCACCACGGGGGGGCGGGCCUCCACCUACUGCCUCUCCUUCUACUACCACAUGUACGGGAAACACAUCGGGUCACUCGGGGUCAUCCUGCGUCAGAAAGGUCAGACUGUGACUGACAGCUCAGUGUGGAGCCUCACUGGUAACCAAGGUGACCGCUGGAGGCAGGCCAAGGUCAACAUCCACCCAACCGCAACAUUUCAGGUGGUGAUGGAAGGAUUGAGGGGUUCUGGUAUUGAAGGUGACAUCGCCAUCGAUGACAUCACCAUAGAGGAAGGAGAAUGUAAAGACCCGCCCCCAAACAAUCUGAGGUCUUUGGCCCCACCUCCUUUCCUUAAUAUAUGGCAGCUGUCCGUCACUCUUACUCUGGUUCUGAUUGGGUGUGGAAGGUGACCCCCCCCCCCCACCCUCCUUGCUUGAAAAGACACAAUCACUCCCUCAAGCCACGCCCCCAUCUGCCCUAGCCCCUCCCUGAUUCCUCUAUAACCCCGCCCCCAGAAGCCAAAGACCCUUGUAGGCGUGUGUGUGUGUGUGUGUGUGUGUGUGUGUGUGUGUGUGUGUGUGUGUGUGUGUGUGUGUGUGUGUGUGUGUGUGUGUGUGUGUGUGUGUGUGUGUGUGUGUCGGUUUGUGAGUGUGUGUCCUGGUAGGUUGAACGGCCAGGGGUCGGAGGUCAGAGGUCAUGGGAGGUCGUUUUGAUGUUCUUGUACUGAAGGUGCUACAUAAAAAAAGUUACAUCUUUUAUUUAUUAUUAUUUAUCCCAGUGGGAAGCGACAAACACAGGGUUUCGAUUUACAGGAACUUCUCUGACCUUCGACCCCUGGCGUGUGGGAGGAGCCUUGAGAUUGACAGCCGGCUGGAACACGGAGGCUGAGAUUUAAUUGGCCAGUCUGUUUGUUCUAGGCCAGCCUUUUUAUAACAAAUAGGGUCCCUCUUCCUCCUAUCCCCAUCUCCCCCCCCCCCCCAACUCUCCUGGUACUGGCCUGUUGUCGUGGCAACCGUCUCGAGCAUCUCCUGGCCCACCUGGGGACUCGCUGCUCACUCAUCGCCACGACGAGUGCCUUCAGACAGCCGGUACCGGAAUUCACCGGAACAAAUAGAACCCAACAGAAGCCAGUCAAACCCAACAGAACCCGGUAUAGCUCACAUAGGACCCAACAGAACCCAAUAUGAUAUAAACAAACCCAAUAAAACCCAUAAAGGCCCCAAGGGAACAGAAUCCAACAUAUCAGAACCCACUAGAACACCUCCCAACCCAACAGAAUCCAUGAGAACCCAUGAAACCCAAAAGAACCAAUAACACAACCCAAUAGUAUCUAAAAGAACACGAUAGAACCCGGCACAACCCAGUCACGUCCAACAGAACCCUACGGAACCCUAAAGGAACCCAAUAGAACACAACAGAACCCAGAGGAACCUCCAAGAACCAACCAGGACGUCCCGAACCAACGCGGGGUCUGGGGUCCGGGUCACAUGAUAUCCUGGAGCCUCCAAGCUUUCCUGAAGACUUUCUGGGGACGUUGAGGACAAGAGGAAGUUGUCAUGGCUGACAGGAAGUGAGAUGAACUGAAGCCUUGAGCUUCGUUGGGGACGCUGGGACAGCGACAACGACAUCCUCGUCGUUCCUGUCGGACCGUUUUUACCGUUGGAGGUGCCCAGGGGCCGAUGUAAUCGCAGUAUUUCCCAAGAGACCAUCAAAACUGUUUUAGUAUUUCAAAAUUUGGCGCUCCCUUUUCGGAGAAGUGGCGUACUUUGUGCAAUCGGAACGUUGGUCACCUGACCUAGCUGGUAGCUAGCUGACCUAGCGGGUGGCUAGCUCAACUAGCGGAUGGUUAGCUGACCUAGCAGGUAGUUAGCCGACCUUGCUCUUGGUUAGCUGACCAAGCGGUGGUUAGCUGACCUAGCGGGUGGUUAGCUGACCUACCGGGUGGUUAGCUGAACUAGCUGCUGGUCAGCUGAACUAGCUGGUAGCUAGCUGAACUAGCUGGUGGCUAACUGAUCUAGCCGGUUGUCAGCUGAACUAGCUGGUGGUCAGCUGAACUAGCAGGUGGCUAGCUGACUGCUGGUUGCUCGCUAAACUAGCUGGUAGUUGCUGACCUAGCUGAUGGUCAGCUGAACUAGCUGUUAGCCAACUGAACUAGCUGGUGGUCAGCUGAACUAGCUGGUGGCUAGCUGACUUUGCUGGGUGCUAGCUAAUGCAGCUGGUGGUCAGCUGAACUAGCUAGUAGUUGGCUAACCUAGCAGGUCGAUAGCUGAACUAGCUGGUGGUUAGCUAACCUAGCUAGAGGCUUGCUGACGUUGCUGGUAGCUAGCUUACCUAGCUGUGUUUGAAGUAAAUUUAUGUAAUUUAAUCAUGUAUCGUCCCCAUUUUACUUAUUUUUUGGUUUGUAUCCAGAUAAUAAUUUGCAUUUCAUGGAUUUUAUUUCAUGUCAUAGUUUGUGUCUCAUAGAGGUGUGCUUGGAGUUGAAAGCAUCUAUUUUUCAUUAAGAUUUAUGAUAUGAAUGAUUGAUAACUUCCAGAUGAAUCAGCACUGUCCUCCGACGGCUAUACGAAGGGCCCUUAUUUGACUUAUUCCGACUCAUUGUAGUUUUUAUUACUGCUCCACCUAGUGGCUUCAGCCUGAAGCUUCGCCCGCGUCAAACAUAUUCUAUUUUUCUACACCAGGCGCUAACAAACUAAACUAAACUAACCUUAUCUUAUGUUUAAAAGGGAGUUUUGGAUUUUGAAUUAUUAUACAUUUUGCAAAUAAACGUACAACAUUGUGGGGACUUGGUGUGUCUGUAGUCCUGCAGUACAUUGUGCAUAGUGGGGACUUAAACACUGACGUUCAUUGCAGAUUGUUAUUUAUUUUUCAAAUAAGGCAAUGAUGUCCAUAUGGAAGACUAUAAUGCUAAAGCGAAAUGUGGGAUAACCCCAUCUGCCAAUCCAACAAAUAACCAAACAACUGACAGAACAGGGUUCUGGGGGCGGGGCUUAUGCCGUCAAAAAUUGUAAUGUAAUGUAUUUCCGAACAAUCUGAGUUCUGCCUGAGUCCAAUGACCAUGGCAAAUCACACUUACCGGGCUAAAUGAUACAAUGACCUGUAGUCAAAUAUGGGCUCUUAAUAACCACAUGUUUUAUGACCUCUGAAAACUCAUCAAUCACACACACACACACACACACACACACACACACACACACACACACACACACACACACACACACACACACACACACACACACACACACACACACACACACACACACACACACAUCCUUAUACAUUGAACAUACACACACAUAACAUAGAUACGUAACAUGCAAAUAAAACACAAGUACUGAUACGGUUCCAUAAACCAAAUAGGUCCAGUACAGAAGUGUGUGAAACAGUAUUAUUAUUAAAGUUACAUCAUGGGUUAUCAUUUUAUGAUUUCGGAAUGGGUAAUAAUUUGUUUUUAUGAUUUAGGAAUUGAAAAUAAUUCGUUUUGAUAAUUUAGGAAUGGGUAAUAAUUACUUUUCAUCGUUUAGGAAUGGGUAAUAAAUAUUUUUCAUCCUUUAGGAAUGGGUAAUAUUUGAGAUGAAGAUCAUGAAGCAACAGUCAGACCUUGAGCGAGAAAUAUUUUUGUAAAUGUGAAAAACUGCUGAAUUAAUCUGCCAUUCACUGGAUUAACAUCUCUGAUGCUAUCAUUUCAUUAUUAUGAUUAUUAUCAAAAUAAAUGAAUCCACUGGAGCUUA